UCGAAGUAUGGGGACCGUGCGUUUCACCAUCGCUAUUCUACUAACUCUCGUCCAUCAAACAGAGUCCAGCUCUGUGUUUGUGCUGAAGGGACAGGAUGUUCGUCUGGAUGUCCAGGGAAGUGUUCAACUGAAAAAGGAUUUUGAUUUGCUAUUUUGGAAGUUUAAAACAUCAGUCAAUGUUGUAAAGUAUCCCCCAAAAGUAGCCUUUUUAGGGUACGAAGGGAGGGCUGAAUUAAGUGAGGGAAACUUCUCUCUGCUAUUGAAGAACCUUCAGGAAGGAGACAGUGGACCGUAUGAAGCAGUAGUGUCUGAUAUCAAAGACUACACUGUUGCUAAAUACAUCAUUGAAGUCCAAGAGAGAGUUGAGCCUCCAGUACUGACAGUGGACCCUGUCUCCACCAAGAGUGACCCCUGUAAUGCGACUGUGACCUGCAGAGGCCAGAACACCUCUGUCACCUCCAUCUGUAACAACAGCACCUGCUCUCAGGUGGGAGGAGAGAGUAGAGGGGCUGAGACCUCCACUGUCCCCCUGCUCUCUGUCUAUGUGGCAGGGGGUUCCAUCAUCUGUAACCACAGCAACCAAGUCAGCUGGGCCAACGACACCAAGGAGAUCGAAACGAUUUGUGUAUCUAAAUCUGCGGACCACAACUACUCUGUCACAGUCGUCAUCAUCAUCAUCAUCUUCAUCAUCAUCUUCACCUUGGUUGGAUGUGCCCUUUUUUAUUGGCGAAAGCCAAAUAAAGGUGGCAAAAGGGAAAUUAAGAACACAGAUUAUGCUACAGUUGGGACUCCAGAUAACAGUCAAGCAGGUGGUGAAGAGCAGGUGUCUCCAGGUGAAGGUCUAGCGUCACUCACCAUCUACAGUGAGGCAGGAGACCCCCAUCUCCAGCCUGUGAACCACCCCAUGACCUUCAUCAAAUUCAGUGUUGUAACCAAAUAAUGUCUCAUAAUUUGUUUUACAGAUUCAUCUUGUAAGGGAUCGGGGGUU